GUGAGUAAAAGCUCCCACGCUCUACCCACCUAUGUUUUUAAGAAUUCUGUUCCUGUUUAUUAUAGGAAGGAGAUUAUGAAUUGCUUUAACAAGCACUUUAUAUCUUCUGGCUCCUUGUUUGACUCUCUGAACCCAGUCUCUGUAAAAUCUGGCACAAAUCUUCCGGUGUACACUGGUCAGCCAUUUAACUUUGUUCCUUUCUCUGUACAGGAGGUCUGUAAAGCUCUUAAACUGUUAGAUCCUAGAAAAUCUCCAGGGCCAGACUUACUAGAUCCUUACUUCUUGAAACUGGCAGCUGAUUUUGUGGCAGAGCCUCUCACAACACUUUUCAACCUCACACUGGAUACGAAUGAAAUUCCCUCAGUAUGGAAAUCAGCUUUUGUUAUUCCGCUAUUACAAGGGGGAGACCCAGCAGUGUUAACUAAUUACAGACCAAUAUCUAAUCUAUCUGUGCUGGCCAAAGUUCUUGAAGCUCUUGUGUGUGAGCAGUUAAAGGAGUUUUUACACACCAAUGCCAUUUUAUCUGAAUAUCAAUCAGAGUUGGUUCACACCUAUAAAUAUCUGGGAAUCUUAAUUGAUGACUCGCUCACCUUCAAACCACAUGUAGAGAAUCUUGUGAAAAACCUGAAGUUAAAACUGAGAUUUUAUUUUCAAAAUAAGUUGUGUUUCUCUUUUAAUAAAAAGAAGCGGCUUGUUGCUGCAACAUUCUUGCCUGUGCUGGAUUAUGGUGAUAUUCUAUAUAUGAAUGCUUCUGCUCAAUGUCUUCGAAUGGUUGAUAUUGUGUAUCAUGCUUCUCUGAGGUUCAUCACUAACCGUAAAUUUCAGACUCACCACUGUGAGUUAUACUCUCAGGUAGGAUGGCCUGCUUUGGUAAGUCGGAGGAACUCUUAUUUAUACAGUUUUAUAUAUAAGGCGAUACCUGGGUUGCUGCCUUCUUAUAUAUGUUCCCUGCUUGCAAUGAAACAUGCUGGUCGGUAUUGUCUUCGUCCGCAUGGUUACUUGUUGCUUUCUGUUUCAUUUGCCCGAACUGAAUUUGGUAAAAGAGCUUUUGUCCAUUCAGCACCCUUGGCUUGGAACAAACUGCAGAAGGAAUUGAAAAUGACUGAAUUCAUUUCAUUAAGUGUUUUUAAAUCUAAACUACGAAUCCUUGAGGCCAAGUCCAUAACAUGCAACUGUUUCAAUUAAAUUGAUUGUCAUUUUAACUGACUUUAUUUUUAUUUGAAUUUUAUUGAAUUUUAUUUUAUUUGUAUUCUUUUACUUAUGGUUGCAUGUGUGUUGUUGCUGCCUGAGUUUGAGUAAUUUCUGUAACUGUGAGAUACCUGCUGCUCCCUAUCUUGGCCAGGUCUCCCUUGAAAAAGAGGUUUUUAAUCUCAAUGGGAUUUUCCUGGUUAAAUAAAGGUUAAUAAAUAGGGAAGGAUUUGUCUAUGUUUCAGUUUGGCUUAGCUGUAGGCCUGAGAAUGUGUGUAAUUGUUUAGAGGGAAAGGAAUUUAUUGACACUGGGGGUAUGCUGUCAUAAAAGGAGACAGGAAGCUACAGUUGGGGAUUGCUAAUGCUGAUGCUUGUACCUUUAAUAAAAACUCAUAAUUUUUAUAAACUUAGAAGUAGGUUUGCAGGAGACUCUCCACCUUAUCUGUAAAUUACGGUGGCCCUGAAGUGCAAACCACAAAAACAAAUCACAAAACGCACAACAAAUUGAAAAGCGCAAAAACAAAUUGA